UGCGCGAAUAAAGCAGUACUGUACCUGGCCGGGUAUGAAAGCCGAUAUAGAAAAAUUCAUAAGAAUGUGUGAAAGUUGUCAAAAGAAUAAGAUAACCCAAGCAAAAACGAAGCAACCGAUGGAACUAACGCCGACUCCCGAAUUCGUAUUUGAGCGAUGUGACAUCGAUAUAGUAGGUCCCUUACCAGUUACCCGAGUUGGCCACAAGUAUAUUUUGACCUUUCAAGACUCUCUUACGAAGUUUGUAAUAGCUGAACCGAUACCUCGACAGGACGCGGAUACAGUAGCUCGAAAGUUAGUAGAAAACAUUAUUUUGAAGUUCGGCGUUCCGACCGCCCUAUUAAGUGACAUGGGGAGUAAUUUUAUUGGUGAUACGAUGAGACGAGUCUGCAAAUUACUGAGAAUUGAGAAGAUACAAACAACGGCGUAUCAUCCGCAGUCGAACGGAGCAUUAGAACGUACGCACCGCACGCUAACAGAGAUGUUACGACAUUACGUGAACCGGGACCAGACGGAUUGGGACGAAUGGGUAUCGUUCGCAUGUUUUGUGUACAACACAACACCACACAGUACCACGGGAUACACUCCAUUCCAGUUAUUCUUCGGCAGGAAGUGUAAUCUGCCAGGGUGGUUACAGAAGAAGCCAGCCAACGUGAUCUACAAUUAUGAUGAUUACGUGACGGAAAUCCGACAGCGACUGCAGUUAGUACACCAAGAGGCCCGUAAGGCAACACAGGAAAGCAAAAUCAGGAAUAAAAGCGAUUACGAUAAAACACAGAACCCGAGGGAAUUUAAAAAAGACGAUCGCGUAUUACUGUAUGAUGAAAGCGUGCGUCGGGGACGCUCAAGGAAGUUAGACAGCCAGUGGCGAGGACCGUUUACUGUAGUAGAUGUACAGGGACCGAACGUGAUAAUUAGACUGAAAGGAAAUAAAUGUAUAAAAGUGCACGCGAAUAGACUGAAGGAAUUUUACUAAGCAGGCAAGAAUAUCUUUUAGUUGUUCGUGGUAGAGGAAGUGAACAGAUUGCAGGCGAUAGCAAAACAGGAGAGUGGCACGUGCGUUUCUAUUACAGAUGCCACUGAUGAGGGCGUUGUGGAUGACAGCGAUAUUCGGGAGUAUAUGGCAGAUCGGACUCGCAGGACGCGAGGCAAACCCACAAGAUGUAAGAGUGCAAAAAUUCCAGUCUGCACCAGGAAUGUAUUACGACAACCAGGGCAGUGUGAAACUAUACAGCACAACGUGGAGAGUGGUGACCUAUUUCAACCUCAAGGAAUUGCAUGACAAAUUUGAAGAGACGCAGGUGGGGGCCAAUAGAGCGAUAGCACAUUGUAUAAGUACGAUGAAUCAAGCAAAGUUAGAUGCCAGAGAAUGUGAAAAUGUACAACAAACUGUAAAAUGGCAGGUGGGAGAGAUUUCUAAAUCAAAGGACUUGAUUGAGCAGUUGGCUAGACAUGAACGGCCCAGAACCAAAAGGGGGAUAUUGAACUUUAUUGGGGUAACAAGCAAGGUAUUGUUUGGUACACUAGAUGAAGAUGAUGCGGAAUUCUUUAAAGCUAAGAUAGAUGUUUUAGAGGAACAGCAAAGGGAAUUAUUGCGAUUGUCCAAGGAACAAGUAACCAUUGUGAGGGCGUCACUGACGGGGGUGAACCAAACAAUUAAUGCAGUCACCAGGAAUACUCAAAUAAUUGCGGAUGGGAAGGAAGUUGAGGAUUACGAAAAUAGUACCAACAGGAAGAUACAACACACCCUGAUUGUUUUGACUAUUACGGAACAACUGAUGCAAAUCUCUAAUAUGUUCAAUGAGCUCGAAAGGGAAUAUGAUCUAUUGAUCUCUGCCAUAGUUAAUGCGCAGAAAGGGCUAUUGGAACCACACUUGAUUAACCCUGUACAAGUAGUCACGUAUCUCGAACUGAUAAAGGAGGACUUAAAAGACAAGAAAUUUCCCGUUGAACUCACGAAGGACCAAGGGUAUCUGUUACUUCGUAUAAUAGAUAUAGAUGUAGUUCUUGCCGGCAAUACCUUAAGUUAUGUACUAAAUAUACCUUUAGUAGAUAGUAGUGUAUACACUUUAUAUAGAAUAUGGCCAUUACCCGCAGAAUAUGAUGCAACUAAGAAGUUAUUUGCGUAUAUCGAGCCUGAACGAAACUUUCUACUUAUUGACGAUGCGAAACGACAGUACGCACUACUGUCUCGGGACCAAUUGCAGUGUAAAACGGUUACGGCGAGAAAUCAAAUUUGUAAACAACGGUUCGUUCUGAUGUCGACCUAUGAUCACGAGCGAUGUGAAGCUCGAAUGCUACAGCCUAUAAGGGAAAUUCCGAAAGAUUGCAAUCAAAAGUAUGUCAUACUGAACGAAAGUAUCUGGACGCAGAUACAGGACAAUGAGUGGCUGUAUGUCGCUCCCAAGGAUGAAGGACUGACAAUAUUAUGUAACGGAUUACCCCCAAACGACCUUAUUGUAAGGGGUACCGGAAAGUUAACCUUUACGAGUCAGUGUAAAGGAUACGGUGCGCAGGUCAUGUUACAAGCUGACCAUAUAAUUAGUACUAAUGUAAGUAAGAAUGAUAUAGUACCUAUGCUAAACUUAAAUAUAGAUUGCUGUAUCAUAGACGAAACAAAGCAAGAGGUCACACGUAUACCUAUAGAUUUACCCUUAGAACAUAUUGUUAGACACUUAGAUGACCUCAAGGUAGCCAGUCACAAAGUGGAUGAACUGCAGAGUGAAAUAGAAUAUCAGCAGCGAACCACCUUUAGUGGAUGGUCUAAGAGCGUAUAUUCCGUAUGGGGGUAUACGGGUUCAGUAGUGUUAGUUGUCUUAAUUAUAUCAUGUUGUUUAUGCAUCUAUUGUAAGUGUUGCCGUAUGUGUGGCAAAAGAUUGUGUGAAAUCGGAGGACAUUGUUGCGCUAAAGUGUGUGUGACAAAUACAGUGGUAGCGGAUGGCCGCUGGGAACGAAGUGUUCGGUACACCCCUGCCCGACAAACCGAGCACUGUGAAGCGGCAGCAGAAGGUGGAGAGUAUGAAUUAAGUUGUACACGUCGCACUCCUCUCUCCGAUAGGGUACAAUGGAGAGAACAGAGUCAAACACCACAACUCUCUGAGCCCCGUGCCAGAGCAAUGGAGCUGUCAAGCCCCAAGACAGACAGGAGAUAACACAAUUGUAUGUUUAUUGAUUAUCUUACCCUCCUGAUGUAUCCUAAAUUGAUGACAAAUCAGAUCUUUUGUAUGUGUAUAAAACUCAAAUGUGUACUUAUGUAUGUAACUAUUCUGUAUGCUCUUG